CCAUCACCGGAGACAAUUUAUACAGUUUUGUUGCAAACUUGCAAUAAAUAACAAAUUAAAAUCUCAUAUUCUCUCAGGCGAGAUUUAGGAACCCAAAAAAUAAAGAAGAAAAAAUUCCUAAAUUUGAUCCGCCAUGGGAGAAGAAAAGUCUCUACUUCAAUUCCGUAGUAUUCCUUCACUUAGGACCUCUGAUUUUGCUAUCACCCAAGAACCUUCAUGGAGGCUGGAGAACAACCUGUCGUCGAAUCGCCGGAUAGUGAACAAAAGAACCGGUGGCGUUUUUACCAAUUUCGCCUCCCUAUCUGUAGCUAUGAAAGAUCGGAAGGAGUCUAUGUUAAACGGUGGAAAUGGCGGCGGAGGCGGAGCUUUCGCGUCUGUUUCAGUGGUGAUUCCGAAGGAGGAGGAUGAGUUCGCGCCUACUUCGGCUCAGCUCUUGAAAAAACCGAUCGCGUUACUGUCACUUGUACCGAAAGACGCCGCACUGUUCUUCGCCGGAGCGUUCGCCGGAGCCGCCGCAAAGUCAGUGACAGCACCGCUUGACCGAAUAAAGCUCUUAAUGCAAACACAUGGUGUUCGAGCUGGGCAACAAAGUGCUAAGAAGGCUAUUGGUUUCGUCGAGGCGAUUACUCUUAUCGGAAAAGAAGAAGGUCUUAAAGGUUAUUGGAAAGGAAAUCUACCUCAGGUGAUAAGGAUCAUACCUUAUAGCGCGGUCCAGUUGUUUGCUUAUGAAACAUACAAGAAACUUUUUAGGGGGAAAGACGGUCAAUUGACUGUUCUUGGAAGGCUUGGUGCUGGAGCUUGUGCUGGCAUGACGUCAACUCUGAUUACAUACCCUUUAGAUGUGCUAAGAUUGAGGUUAGCUGUGGAACCAGGUUAUCGAACAAUGUCCCAGGUGGCCUUGAACAUGCUGCGGGAGGAAGGAGUUGCAUCGUUCUAUAACGGUCUCGGUCCUUCACUUUUAAGUAUAGCUCCUUACAUUGCCAUAAACUUCUGCGUCUUUGAUCUGGUAAAGAAAUCUUUGCCAGAGAAGUAUCAGCAAAAGACACAAUCAUCUUUGUUAACAGCAGUUGUCGCUGCUGCUAUAGCUACCGGUACUUGCUAUCCAUUAGAUACCAUAAGAAGACAGAUGCAAUUGAAGGGUACUCCAUAUAAAUCCGUAUUAGACGCUUUCUCUGGUAUCAUUGAGCGUGAAGGAGUUAUUGGCUUGUACCGUGGUUUCGUCCCCAAUGCACUCAAAAGCAUGCCAAACAGCAGCAUUAAGCUUACUACAUUCGACAUCGUCAAGAAACUCAUUGCAGCGAGUGAGAAGGAGUUCCAAAGAAUCGCGGAUGAUAACCGCAAGAAAGCAAGUCCUAACACAACAGAUGAACAAACCUGAAGCUGAUAUUUUGGAUUUCCAGAAGGUCAUAUUUUCCUGUAAUCUUGUGUCUUUUUUAGUGUGUCUUUUGUAUUUUUGAAUGUAAUAAGUUGUCGUUCCCCUCCUAAUUCAAAAUGUUCUUGAUUUGAAUCCCAGAGCUCAAAGAGUGUGUUACAGUUGUCGAGUAAUAAAUAUCUGUUUGUGUCCGGUUUUGCUUAA